AUGGAGCCCGAUUCAUUAGUAUCACUGUCUUUCUGCUCUCGGAAAAGUCACUCUGUCAUCAAGACUCAACGAAGAGCACCAUUCGAUGGACGCCUCCGUGUUUCAUGGGCAAACAGAGAUGUUCUGUUUCAUUCAGUCAAAAAUCUCACUCGUGUUUUGCGUGCUUGCUAUGAUUGGCAUCAUUCAUAUUCUAACAAGAUUAAUCAUGUUAAAAUGAACGGGUUGUACGUGCCAGUUCGAGUGCAUCCUUCGGAUGGAUAUCUAGUUUCGUGCUGGGAGAACGAAACGAAAGGAAUGAAAACUAUCACUCAAUAUGUUACUGAUCUAUUUAAUAUUGAUGUAUCAGAAGUCUGGGCUUCGAAGGAAUCUUUCCAUCUGAUUGAAUGGGUGAACAGAAGACAAAAGACACCAUUGAAAAAAGUGAUUUACAUGGCCUGCAGUAUUUGGCCAUCAGAAAAUAAAAAAAUGAUAUACCUUUUGAGGGACUGCACAAUUUCAUCUGAGAUAUGCAUUUGCUCAGAUGCUCCACUCGAUUUUCGUUUCUCGGGAAACUUCCGUAGAAUCGAUAGUUUAUAUAUCUCGUAUGGACAAUGGGUGACAAUCGAUAACCUAUUGACCAUGGAUGGAAUUGAUAUUGUUCUGGGAUUUUCUAGUCUGUCUAAUAGUGAUUUGAAUCUCUUUCUGAAGCAUUGGCUGUCUGGAGGGUGUCCCCGAUUAAAAUUAUUCUGCGCUAUAACUGAUUCCGUAGAUAUCUUACAAGUACUUGAUGGCCUCAUGCAUAAUGCAGUUUUUGUGGAGGAUCGUCGAGACUACACCAGCCCAUUUGGAUACAACAGAAUCUUGUCAGGUGGAUAUGACAUUCAACGUGAGGAUGGUUUGACAGCUACAGUGUGCAAACAGGGGAAUGGAACCUUGGUUAUUGCUGUUUGGCCAGAGACCACUCAUAAUUAUAAUUAA